AUGGCUUCAGGCUACGAUCGUGCUCUUUCAGGUAGGCCCAGUCCAAUUCGCUACUUCGUACUAACUAGUUCAACUAGUCCCGACGGUCAUGUCUUCCAAGUGGAAUAUGCACUAGAAGCUGUCAAGCGAGGAACUUGCGCAGUCGGCGUCAAGGGUAAGGAUAUCGUGGUGUUGGGAUGUGAGAAGAGAUCUGCGAUGAAACUUCAGGAUACCAGAAUCACUCCCUCCAAGAUCGGGCUACUAGAUACCCAUGUCUGUCUUGCAUUCGCCGGUCUCAAUGCAGACGCACGGAUAUUGGUCGACAAAGCGAGACUAGAAGCCCAGUCUCAUCGCCUCACUGUCGAAGAUCCCGUCACCAUCGAGUACAUCACUAAAUACGUCGCCGGUGUUCAACAACGAUAUACUCAGAGUGGUGGUGUCCGACCUUUCGGCAUCAGCACAUUGAUCAUUGGCUUCGACAAGGGUGACACUGAGCCAAGACUCUACCAAACAGAGCCCUCUGGCAUCUAUUCCGCAUGGAAAGCCAAUGCCAUUGGACGAUCCAGCAAGACAGUACGUGAAUUCCUGGAACGCAAUCACAAAGACGACAUGGACCGAGAAGCCACUAUCACCCUCACUGUCAAAUCAUUACUGGAAGUCGUUCAAACUGGUGCAAAGAACAUCGAAAUCGCCAUCAUGGCUCCUGGCAAGACCAUUGAAAUGCUCCCUUCAGAACAGAUUGAGCAAUAUGUCAAGACGAUUGAGGCAGAGAAGCAAGAAGAGCAGGCUAAGAAGAAACCUGGAAGACCAGGGACAUCCUCCCUCCCCACUCGACCUUUAGCGGAGGGCGAGGGCAGUGGAGAUAUCUGA